AUGUUCGGUCGUUUGUUAGGUCGUACCGCUUCCCCUCCAAGGGCUCUUGGAGCUCCUCUCUCUCCCACCACCACUACUACAUCCGCUGGAGAGGAUUCUCAAACAAGUGCAGAGCGAGAUGCUAGGGACAGGGAAAUCGUUGAACAAGCUGUCGAAGAAGCUGUCAAGAAGGCUUUGAACUCGGAAGCUUUCACCAAUGCUAUUGCUACUUCUUUGGUCUCGCAGAUCAAACCUACCUUCGAGUCAUCCAUCAGUUCUAUUCCUACUGCCAUUCAAAAUGUUUCCCUCAAUGUUGAUACUGUCGAUGCAAAACUCACUUCGACAACUAUCGACCUCACUCAACGAAUCGAAGAUGCAAAGACCGAGACGGCAAACAAGUUAGCUACCAUCGAAGAAGCGAUUGCUAAGAUUACUUCUUCAUUGGAGGGAUUGAGCGGAAAGCCUUCUUCUUCUCAAGAUACAUCGGUUUUGGAGUCACACACUACAAAGUUGGAUGGAAUUGCUACCGACGUUGCUGCUCUCAAGAGCACUACACACGAGGAAGCAUUCAACACAAUCACAUCCGACCUUGCCAUCAUCAAGAGUGAUAUUGCUACUAUCAAGGAAUCCGACUCAAGUGCUACAUCCAAGGAUAUCCUCUCCGCUGUUAACUCAUCCAACGAAUCUCAUGCUUCCCACGCUGCUGUCUUGAAUGAAAUCAAAUCCGCAGCUGAAGGACAUGCUUCUACUCUUGGCGAGAUCAAAUCUACUCCUGCUUCUACCCCAACUGAUGUUUCUGGUCUUGAGGCUUCUAUCAAGGAUAUUGCUGCUUCUAUUGAGCAGAUUAAAUCUGCACCUGCCCCCUCUACUGUCGAUAUUUCUGGCCUUGAAUCAUCUGUCAAGGAUAUUCUUUCUACUUUGGGUGAAGUUAAGGACACUGUCUCGACUCCAGCCGCCGCUGCCGAGAAAACUGACAUUUCUGGCCUCGAAUCAUCUGUCAAGGAAAUCCUCUCUACUUUGGGUGAAGUUAAGGAAACCGUUUCUAUUCCAGCUGCUACAGUUGAGAAAACCGACAUUUCCGGAUUGGAGGCUUCAGUUAAGGAAAUUUCUGCUACCGUUAAUGAAAUCAAGUCUACGCCAACUCAAGCUCAUGAAACUGUCGACCUUUCUCCAAUUGAUGCUCAACUUAAGGAAGUUGCUUCUACCGUUGCCGCUAUUAAGGAAUCUACUUCUACACCACCUGUCACGCCUGAAUCAAUUGACAUUUCUGGAUUGGAAUCUUCUGUCAAGGAAAUAAUUGCUACUCUCCAGGAUAUUAAGAGUUCUACCAGUACCGCUCCUAAGGAAGUUGAUUUCUCUCCUAUUACCUCCACUCUUGAAUCCCACAAGAGCACUCUUGAUGAGAUUAAGGCUUCCGCCCCUGCACCAGUUGACCUUUCAGCUCUCGAAUCCUCCGUUGCUGAAAUUAAGGCAGCUCUCGAAUCCCACUCAGGUACUCUUAACGAAAUUAAAUCAGUUCCAGCACCAGAAAAGACUGACCUUUCCAUCAUCGAGAACUCUGUUAAUGAGAUCAAGACCAUUGUCGAGGAAAUCAAGGCCAAGGAAGCACCAGCUGCUGAGAAGGUUGAUUUGAGCAAUGUUGAAUCAUCCAUUGAAUCAAUUAAGGCAGGCAUUGAAGAGAUCAAGACCAAGGAGGUACCAGCUGCUGAGAAGGUUGAUUUGAGUCAUAUUGAAUCAUCUGUUGAGUCGAUCAAAGCAAGCGUCGAAGAGAUCAAGACUAAGGAAAUCCCAGCUGCCGAAAAGGUCGAUUUGAGUAAUGUGGAGGCUUCUAUUGAAUCCAUCAAGGCAACAGUGGAGGAAAUCAAGUCUAAGGAGGUACCAACCGCGGAGAAGGUCGAUUUGAGUAAUGUUGAAGCUUCCAUUGAGUCCAUCAAGGCAAGCAUUGAAGAAAUCAAGACCAAGGAGGCACCAGUUUCUGAGAAGGUUGAUUUGAGCUCGAUCGAAGCAUCAAUUGCUUCAGUCAAGAGCACUGUUGAUGAGAUUAAGACCAAGGAGGCACCAGUUUCUGAGAAGGUUGAUUUGAGCUCGAUCGAAGCAUCAAUUGCUUCGGUUAAGAGCACUGUUGAUGAGAUUAAGGCCAAGGAAUCACCAGUUUCAGAACCUGUUGAUUUAAGCAAGAUUGAAUCUUCCAUCGAAUCUGUCAAGGCAAUUGUUGAGGAGAUCAAGGCUAAGGAGGUACCAACUUCUGAAAAGGUUGAUUUAAGUGUAAUUGAGGCAUCUAUUGCUUCAGUCAAGCACACUGUUGAUGAGAUCAAGGCUACUCCAGCUCCAGAACAACAUGCUGUUGACCUUUCCAACAUCGAAUCCUCAAUCGCAGCUGUUAAGGCUACUGUCGAUGAGAUCAAGGCAACCCCUGCCCCAGCUCAUGAAGCUACUGACCUUUCAAACAUUGAAUCAUCUCUCGCCGCCUUGAGGUCUACCGUUGAUGAAAUCAAGGCCACUCCAGCUCCAGAACAAAAGACUAUUGAUCUUUCCAAUAUCGAGUCUUCCAUCGCAGCUGUCAAGGCUACAGUUGAUGAAAUUAAGGCCACUCCAGCUCCAACUCAUGAAGCAACUGACCUAUCAAACAUUGAGUCAUCUAUUGCUGCAAUUAAAGCAUCCAUCGAUGAAAUCAAGGCUGCUCCAGCACCAGAGAAGACUGAUCUCAGUUCAAUUGAGUCAUCUAUUUCUGAAAUUAAGGCAGCUAUUGAAGAAGUCAAGGCAUCACCUGCACCAGAAAAGGUUGAUUUAUCCAACAUCGAAUCUUCCAUUGCCUCCGUCAAGACUACCCUUGACGAGAUUAAGGCUGCUCCAACACCAGAAAAGGUUGAUCUAUCCAACAUCGAAUCUUCAAUCGCUUCCGUCAAGACUACCGUUGACGAAAUCAAAUCCACCCCAACUCCAUCCUUCAAGGAAACCGAUAUCACCGGUCUUGAAUCAUCCGUUAAGGAAAUCAUCUCAAGCAUCACUGCUCAAGAUGGGGUUUUGACCGAGAUUAAGACAACCACUGAGAAAUUUGACACAAAGGAAGUUUUAACUAAGGUUGAACUAAUUACUCAAGAGGGUGUCUUCUUGAAUGAGAAAGGACUUGGUCAAAUCAAGGAAAAUGUCAAGACUAUUGAAUUAAAAUCACUAGCAUCACCAACAACACCAACAUCUCCAACAUCCCCAACAUCACCAUCGUCACCAUCAUCACCAUCAAAAUCUAGUAUUAAAAAGAAGAAGAAGAGGGCAGCAGCAGCAGCAGCAGCAGCAGCCGCAUCUGGAAGUCAAACUCCUGAAGCCAAGUCUGAAGCUGAGAAUGAAACUCCAGCUUAA